AUGGGGCCCAGCCAGGCACAGCCCGAAGAGGAGAAAUGGGCCCAUCCUCCCGCAGGCCCACCACCCACAGGAGGCACUAUAGGGGUCGGGUGCAUCGUGUGCCUGGCAGUGGCCAGGAGCAGAGGCCCUGGCGGACUCAUCCCGAGCUGCCAAGACUGGGUCGGGGAAUGGGCCCUGACUGUCAUCUGUGCUUAUGCGCCGAGUGGCAGCACCCCCCGCAGGGACUCUAAGAGUCCCUGCGGGGGGUGCUGGAAGGUGCUCCACCUGGAGACUCUGUUGUCCUGCUGGGAGAUUUCAAUGCUCACAGCUUCAACAGGAUUCCAAGGAAGACUGGGGGACAUUGAGUCCGAAUGGACCAUGUUCAGUGUCUCCAUUGCUGAAGCUCCUGCAUUGAGCUGCGGCCGCAAGGUGGUUGGCGCCUGCCGUGGUGGCCACCAGGCUGAAGAAGGAGUCUUGUCGGGCUUGGUUAGCCUGUGGGACUCCGGAGGCCUGGAACUGGAACGGUUCGCAGCCGAGUCUGAAGCAGUGGGAAUGAGGAUCAGCACCUCCAAAUCUGAGGCCAUGGUUCUCAGCCGGAAAAGGGUGGAGUGCCCACUCCGGGUCUGGGAUGAGUACCUGCCCCAAGUGGAGGAGUUCAAGUAUCUCAGGGUCUUGUUCGCGAGUGAUGGGAGAAGGGAGCCGGAGAUUGACAGACGGAUUGGGGCUGCGGCUGCAGUGAUGCGAAAGCUGCAUCGGUCCGUCGUGGUGAAGAAGGAGCUGAGUACCUGUGAUCCAGUUGUCCCAUCAGUCAACCCGUUCUUUGUAUUGGUCUACAGUCUGGUGUUUCUGGUAGGUUUACUCCUCAAUGGCUUCAUCCUAAAGUUUUACAUUGGUCAAGCUCAGCAGCAGGCAUCAAACAGUUUGAUGGUCUACCUGAAGAACCUGACAGCUGCUGACUUCUUGCUCUGCCUUUCCCUGCCACUGCGUAUCGCCCACUAUGGUAGCAAGUCAUUCAUCAUUCAAAAGGUCUACUGCAGCUUUGGAGCUUCUGCCUUCUACAUGAACAUGUAUGCCAGCAUCAUAUUCAUGUGUUAUAUCGCUGCCAACAGGUAUCUGAAAAUCGUCCAUCCUUCAGGAACUCAUGUCCUGCAGUCAGUGCGAACUGCGCACAUCAUCUCCAUGGUCACCUGGGUUUGUCUGCUGGCUCCAUCAGUUACUUAUAGCAUCCUCUUUUUCAUCACCCAGAAACCCCUGACUUUUACCCCAAGCCGAUGUUGGCCCCUCUUCAGUGCAUCAAUCAGCCUAUUCUUCAAAAUCCUCCACACCGUCUGUGCCAUCAUCUUCCUCUUGGUUUUCAUGUCCCUGGUCUUCUUCUACCACGGCAUCUCCCACAGGGUGUUGCAGGCACAGCAGACACAGCUGGCAUCCUCCAAUGCUGAGAAGCUGGUGAAGUCUCGCAGGAACAUGUUGGUGCUGGUCAGCAUCUUCUGUGUUUGUUUUGUCCCCUAUAAUCUGGUUCGUCUUCCUGCCACUUUUCUGUGGACCAGUUGUUCUGCGGGUCCAGUAUUGUUCUACUUGGAGGAGGUGGCCACCAUGGUGUCAGUUUUCAACAUCUGUCUGGACCCUUUUGUUUACUUUUUUCUCUGUAAGUCUUUUUGGGAUCAGGUGAGCCAGGGGAUUGUAUCAGUGGGGACCAACAUCUAA